AUGGCGCUGUUCCAGGAGAUGGUUCAGUCCGAGUGUCACUUCAUUCACGGCACCGACCGGCUGAGGUUCGUGGAGAGGAACAUCUCCAAGCGGGAGCAGUUCCUGCACUUGGGCAGCGAUGUGGGGCUGCACGUGGACACCUCCUUUGGGGACAAGGCUGCCAGGCACUGGAACAGCGACCCGCAAUGGAUGGAGUACAGACGGGCUGCGGUGGACAGGCACUGCCGGCACAACUACGAGUUGUCCAGCCCGUUCCUCGUGGAGCGCAGAGUUCCCACCAGUUUACUCCAGUGUGUCUCCACUCUCCCAACAUCUCCCUGUUUGUCCAUCUCACUGCGGCCCUCGAGCUCCAAGCCCGGCCCCGACUGCCUGCUCUGCUCCCUGACGGAUUUCUACCCUGCCGACAUCCAGCUGAGCUGGUUCCAGGGCCAGCAGGAGCUCUCGGGCCACGUGGUGACCACCGACCUGGUCCCCAGUGGGGACUGGAUUUCUAUCAGCUCCUGGUGCUGCUGGAAACCGCCCCCGGCACGGGGUCAGCUCCAGCUGCAGGUGGAGCACGUCAGCCUGGAGCACCCCCUGAGCCGGCACUGGGGCGCGGCCUGGACCCCACAGGUCACCCACUCUUCUCUGCCCAUAGAGCUCCUGAGCCAGCAGCAGUGGCCUUCAACCAGCUGGGACCCUCAGAUCCAUGCACCCCCUGAUUUUGGGGGCACCGUGUGA